AUGGGGAAUGUGGCAGUUGAUGUUGCGCGGAUUCUUCUUUCUCCAGUUGAUCGAUUAAGGUCUACCGAUAUACCAGAGCCUGUGAUUGAUUGUCUGUCAAGAAGUAAAGUUAAGAAUGUCAUUUUAAUUGGUCGAAGAGGUCCUUUACAUGUGGCGUUUACUCUAAAAGAAAUUCGCGAACUCUCAAAACUUCAUAUAACUUCAUCUCAGUCUAAAUGUUUCAUAAACUUACUACCAAAGGAUGUAUUCUCUGUAACUAUGGGGACAUCUGAUCAAAUUCAAGAGUUGUUAUCAGAACUUCCUCGCCCUCGACGUCGUUUAACAGAAUUUCUGUUAAAAAUGCAUAAUUCUUCCGAUCACAAGACGAAUCAUACAGCAUACCCAGUGUAUCAUUGUAACUUACAGUUCUUACGUUUUCCAAAAGAAAUUGUUUCUAAUGGGGAACAUCAUUCUGACAAAAAUCGUUCCAUAGUUUCUCACAUAAAAUUAGCAACAGUUAAGUUAAAUGGUCCGACCGGUCUUCAUCAGCAAGGUGUAAUAGACGAUACUCAACUCUUAGAAACUUUACCUUGUGGCUUAGUUGUGCGUAGUAUUGGCUACCGUGGCGUCCGUAUUGAUCCAGAUUUGCCAUUCGAUGAACAACGUGGAGUGAUUCUUUGCAAAGAUAACAAUGGACGCGUAGUUGAUCUACCACAAAUUUCAUAUAGUUUCUCUUUAAGCCCAAUGUAUUGUGCUGGUUGGAUUAAACGUGGUCCAAUUGGUGUAAUUGCUGAUACUGCUGUAGAUGCUCGUCAAACCGCUGAAACUAUUCUUAAAGAUUUGUCUGAAUUUGAAAAACGUGGUCAUGUAGAUGUAUUAAACAAACGUGGACUCUCUGUAAUCCAACGUUACCUUAACGAAAGAAAUAUACAUGUUGUAAAAUUUAAAAAUUGGGAACGUAUUGAUGAAGCAGAAAAAUUAGCCGGUCAAAUACUCGAUAAACCAAGAGAAAAAUUGACUACAAUUCAAUCUAUGUUAAAAACAGCUUUUACUGAUAUAGAACAACCUAAAUGA